AUAGUUCACAAGUGGGAAGGGCAGGGACCGGUAGUGCUUUUAUACUGUGUGCCGAGGCGUGAGGCCUUGGUGAUUUGGUGCAGGUGUUCAAACUGUUUAUAGUGUGGAUUGAUUAACAUAUUACAUUUAGCCAGAUAGCUUUCGCGUACUUCUGCAAGCAUGGGAGGCAGCAACAGCACCCGCCGCGUCUCCUUUGAAUCGGACGAGAAUGACAACGUUACGAUUGUGAAGGGCAUUAGGCUGUCGGAGAAUGUCAUCAAUCGUAUGAGAGAGGCCCCCUUUGCGCCAGUCCAUCCACGAUCGCCACCAAGGGUCCCAAUGACUCCACUGCCUGUGGAACCUGCUGCCCCCCCUCUGCCAUUUCCUCCCAUUCUAGAACCUGUAGCCCCCCCUCCUGCUCCCACGAGUGACAUCGUCUCACCACCUCCACCAAAAAUUUUGGAAACAGUAGCCCCCAUCCCCACACCUCUCCCAGUGGAACCCGUGGCUCCCCCUCCUUCAGCUCCCCUUGUUGAACCUGUAGCUCCUCCACCUCCACCCCCUGUUGUUGAACCUGUAGCUCCUCCAGCUCCACCACCUGUUGUCGAACCAGUAGCUCCCCCUCCACCUCCCAUUGUCGAACCCCUGGCCCCUCUUCUUGCUCCACUUGUUGAACUUGUGUCCCCCCCUCCGCCUCCACCACCCAUGGUAGAACCGGUUGCCCCUCCCCCUCCCGUGGUCGAACCCAUAGCGCCCCCUCCUCCACCUCCUGUUGUGGAACCAGUGGCCCCUUUAACGGUCCUUGUUGAGCCUGUGGUCCCUUCUCCCUCACCGAGCCCCGUGGUUGAGCCUGUUGCUCCUUCACCACCUCUUACCUCAGAACCCAUUGUUCUCCCUCCUCCCCUUGUCGAAACCGUGGUUCCCCCGCCUCCCCCUGUUGAAAGCAUCAUUGCCCCUCCUCCCCCUGUUGAAACCAUCAUUGCCCCUCCUCCUCCUGUUGAAAUCAUUGCCCCUCCUCCCCCUCUUGAAACCAUUGCCCCUCCUCCCCCUGUUGAAAUCAUUGCCCCUCCUCCCCCUGUUGAAAUCAUUGCCCCUCCUCCCCCCAUUGAAACCAUUGCCCCUCCUCCACCUGUUGAAAUCAUUGCCCCUCCUCCACCUGUUGAAAUCAUUGCUCCUCCCCAUGUUGAAACCAUUGCCCUUCCCACUGUUGAAAUUAUUGUCCCUCCCCCUGUUGAAAUUAUUGCCCCUCCCCCUAUUGAAAUCAUUGCCCCUCCUCCUCCGGUUGACCUGCCUCCACAACCUGCCACAGUUGACAUUUUUGCCCCGCCUCCACUUCCACCUGUAAACGAGGAGGACCUGCGGAGGAAGAUCGCCGAGGAGCUGCAGCGCGAGCUGGACCAGGAGAGGAGCAACAGGGAGCUCGAGAUGCUCCAGCGGCUGGAUGAAGAGAAGGCCCAGGUCAAGGCGCAGGCCGAGGUGCGCAUCCAGGACGAGGUGGGGCGGAUCCUGGACGUGGAGUGGGCCGCCAGCCAGGAGUCCAUCAAGCGGGCCGUGCUGAAGGAGCGAAUCACCGCCGAGGACGAGCGCCUGCGAGCCCAGCUCUACGAACUGGAGCGUAAGGCCCAUCAGCUGGAUGAGAAGGACAGGGAGCUGAGGAAGCAGGAAGCCUUCUACAGAGAGCAGGUGGCCAAGCUGGAGGAGAGGAGCGCCAAGUUCUACCGCGUCACCACGGAGAACUACCACAAGGCUGCCGACGAGCUGAACGCCAAGUUCCGGCGCUACGAGAUAAAGCCCGUCUGCGCUGACCUGCAGGGGCAGAUCCUGAAGUGCUACCGGGAGAACACGAGCCAGACGCUGUCCUGCUCCAGGAUCGCCUCGCUCUACCUGCAGUGCGUCAACGAUGCCAAACAGAACAAGAUGAGGACGGGAGGCUAACGUCCCGUGCCGCAGCGAAGUAGCCGUGUUUUUGUGUUGUCUACGGCGAUACGGACCCGGAGGUGAAGAAUCAUGUCCAGAGACACAACCGACCCAGGAGAACACACCAGGAGAACACACCAGAGACUCAGACCGCAGCAGCCGGAGAGAGGGGGGAUCCACUCUCCAACCGUUCCUACAGCACCUGGACGGAAUAGGUUCACUACCCACUGGUUCCUGAAUACCUCUCCUUACAUCGCCAGGAGGGAAUAGGUUCACUACCGAACUGUUUCUGAAUGCCUCUCCUUACAUCGCCAGGAGGGAAUAGGUUCACUACCGAAUUGUUUCUGAAUGCCUCUCCUUGCAUCACAAGGAGGGAAUAGGUUUACUACCCAUUGGUUCACGUCUACCUCUGCCUACCUCCCCAGGAGGGAAUAGGUUCACUACCCAUUGCUGGUCCCUGUCUACCUCUCCCCAAGUCACAAGAUGGUUUGUAGGUUCACUUCCUACUCUUCUCAGUCUACCUCUCCCUACUCCGCAAGAUGGUUCCAGGGUUCACUGCCACCACACAGGAGACCAGCACCGCAACAGGAAGAGCUGCUCCGCGAGACAUCUGGGAUCAGACCCCCCUACCUCUGUGGUCUGGCCCCAGUGUUCAGAGAGCAGCUGCACGUUUAAAACGAAUCACACGGAUCUGGCCCGCCGCCGCCCGCCCGCCCGCCACAGCGCCUCCCGACCGGGUCGUGCGCAUGCUCAGCUUCGCUCCCUCGCCACGCGUCGACAGUAAAAAAACAAAAAAGUGCGUUCUCCCGCCCGUUUCCCUUCCCGCUAACGUGACCGCCCCCCGCGUCCUUCCGGACAUUUCUCCCUUCAUCUCGCUCUCCGUACGCGCGUAGAGUCCAAAGGCGCCGCUGCUUGCUUUUGUUUUGGUCUGCACGAGUCUCAUCACGUCUGCCGCACCAGGAAAAUAAUGAAAAUAAAUAAUGAAGAUGCUGUAAUUGUCGCCGAUCAUGUCCUGUCAAUAAUACACUUGCUGCACAUGCACCAGUC